AUGCAAAACUCUGAUAAAUUUCUUAAUCAUCUUGAAUCUAUUUUGGCAACCCGUGCCUCCAAGUCCCAGCUUCGCAAACUCACAACUCUCGACUCCUCCCCAGCCCACCCUCUUGCUGACUUUUCCAGUAACGAUUAUCUUUCACUGGCAUCUGACCCUGUACUUCACGCUACUUUCUUAGCCGAACUUGCUUCUGCAAAAUCUACAACUUUAAUCUCUCCUACACGAACUACCGGUAGCGGUGGAUCGCGAUUGCUUGAUGGUAAUUCGCGCUACGCAGAAGCACUUGAACAUGACCUCGCACGUGUUCAUGGAGCCCCAGCAGCAUUGCUUUUUGGUUCUGGAUAUGAUGCAAAUGUUGCUGUGUACACUUGUAUUCCACAACCAGGAGAUGUUGUGGUCUAUGAUGAAUAUAUCCAUGCAAGUGUGCACGACGGCAUGCGCGCAUCUCGGGCAGCCAAAUUGUACCCAUUUGCGCACAACUGUGUAAAAGAUGUCCAUGUUAAAAGAGGAAAAAACAAGACCAGACAACUGGAGAGUCUUGAACAGGUUUUGAAAAAAGUAGAUGAAUUACACGGACCAAGUACUCGUGUUUUUGUGGCAAUUGAAAGUGUGUACAGUAUGGACGGUGAUGUUGCACCACUUGCUGAUAUCGUUUCUAUCAUUUUUGAGCGCCAUAACCGUUCUUCUUAUACUAUGGGUCCCACUUACCUCAUAGUAGAUGAAGCCCAUGCAACUGGUGUUCUUGGAGCACCAAAAGGUCCUGCAUUGGGUCUUGUUAAUGCUGAAUCUCUGGAGUCAGCAUGUCUGGUGCGUGUACACACUUUUGGAAAAGCUGUGGGAGCGGCAGGUGCCGUCGUGCUGUGUCCACGAGUUCUCCGUGAGUACCUGGUAAACUACGCGCGUCCAUUCAUCUAUUCAACUGCCCCACCACUUGCUGCACUGGCUGCUGUGCGAGCAUCUUACGCACUUCUCGGUGCAUCUCUGCAAUGUGCAGGUAUCACGAAUCUUUCUGCUACUGCUGUUCUUGCAGCCACCCGUCAUGAUACUCUUUGGGCACGAACAACACAUUUGCAUACCCGUUUGCGUGCACUUUUCCCUGAACCUGGACCUUCUCCACCCUCUGUUCCACGUAUUGAAUAUGCCGCAGUUGGAUCAGACAUACCAGCAAGCUCUAUAUUUGCAGUGCGAUGCGCCGGACCGGCCGACACUCGGGCUCGCGCACUUGCUGCAUACUGUCAAGCACGGGGGUUUAUUGUGCGUGCAAUUGUGUAUCCUACGGUUCCACGAGGGAUGGAGCGAGUGCGUGUAUGUGUGCAUGAAGGGAACUCUGUCGAGGAAAUCGAGGGCUUGUUAGCAUGUAUGUGCGCAUGGCAAGAGCUACAAAGUGCACGCGAGAUUAGUGCAAAACUGUAA